UGUCAGUUUUUGCUUUGAAAAACUGAUAAGUGAUAAAAAAAAAAUAGAAACAUUUUUACAAACAAAAUUUUGAUUUUGUAAAAAAACACGGACAAGUUCAAUUUAAAAACUAAAAGAACUAUGGAACAAUCUGAAGACUACGAUGACACAAGUACCGAUUGGGCGUUUAAUUUCGAAAGUGAUCAUUUGGCUUUAAGAGGCAAUCGUGAAUAUUCAAUGAUUUUACGAACCAUUGCCCUUCUAAGUGCACAAAAGAUACAAAUACACAAAGACAUUGAAGAGAUUAUUCAGCACAAGAACAAAUACCUCCAUGAUCCGUCGGGUUUUGUAAAUGACAUAUUCGAGGAUAAAUUCGUAUCACCAGCAUAUCGAUGUAUUGCAGAGAUUCAAGACAUUGGUUCAACAAAAACUGAAAAUUAUAACGACAACGAUAUGGAAGCUAAACUAAAUACAGAUAUCAAAGUCCGUGGAAGAAUAUUUGACCAGAGCAAACCAGAAACAUUCAAUCAACUAUGGACUUGUGAUGAACAACGUCGCCUUGAACAGCUUUUAAUAGAAUAUCCAGUUGAGCCUAUAGAAAUGCGACGUUUUGCUAAAAUAGCCCAUGCAUUAGGUAAUCGUACACCACAACAAGUAGCCAGUAGGGUUCAGAAGUUUUUCAAAAAACUUCAUUCUGUUGGAAUGCCUAUUCCAGGACGACUUCCUAAAAAUAAGAAAAGUGUCUUCUCAGCAAAGUCUAAACAUUUUUACAAAAACUUAUAUCGUCAAUCGACAUUUUUUCCUGCCCACAAUGUACCUGUUAAUAUGCCAGAUGAUGAGUUUACCAGUGAAGACCCUUACGGAAGCAAUUCAUUUAAUUAUCAAAAAAGUCUAACAACAACCACAACAGCAGUAGAAAAAGAAAACAUGCUUCGUAUAUUGCAAGAAAUUCGGAAGGAAAAAGUUUCACCAACAUUGGAAGAUGUUAAAAAUCCUACUGAAAAAUGUGAAAAUUGUCUAGAGGCAAUAAGUAUGGAAUCUCGAUGGAUUUGUAAUACAUGUUGCUAUUGUAUCAACUUGUGUGGCGAUUGCAUUGUUCAACAGUUAAUUAAUAAAACAUUUAUGCAUAUAAGUCACGAGCUAGUUCUUAAUAAAGAAAUGGUAUGACCAAAAAAAUCAAAAAAA